GUAAUUUUUGUUUAUUUAUAGAAUUAUUUAUAGGGGCAAAGAAGCAAUGGAUCCUCUUAAUCCUGAAAAUAUUGACAUAUUAGCUGAUUGGGUGGCUGAGGAACCAACUCUUCUUGAUAAAGAUGAUUAUGAUGUAGAUUGGGUAGCAAUUGAUGAGUCUUUGCCAAAUCAAAUCCUUGAUGAUACUGAUAGUGUUGUUUAUGAUGAGGAAGAUGUCCAAUGGGUUCCUGAAAAUGAAAGUGAACAACUUUGGGUUGGAGUUGAUGGAGUUUUAGGUUAUAAAAAUCCUCCAGAUAAUGAUCCUUAUAAUUAUAUCGAAAAUCAUUAAUUUUGUUGUUUGUUCAUAAUUGUCCCUUGACAGAAACAAUUGAAAAACUCUUGUGAUGAACCCAUUAGGUAUCUGUUCAUCAUUCAAUCUUUUUAGUUUUUAUAAAUUGAAUGCGAUUUG